AGACAUUGGAGCACUGGCAAAAAAAAAAAAAAAAAAGACAUUGGAGCAAACUAAUUUAGAAUUUAGGGUUUAUCUCAGUUCUCAAAUGAUGAAGCGGUGAGAGGAGAAGUUACAUUUACACUGGUUAAAAUCAGGUGGUAAAGUCUUCAUCUUUUCUUCUUUGAGUUCGAGAUUACGGUAUUGACAAGUGAAAGGUUGUAAAAAGAAACUUAAGCUUUGGGGGAGUUCUUUGUGCUUGUAAUUACAACAUAUGGACAGGAUAAGUCAAUUGUCUGAUGAUUUGCUCAUCAAGAUACUGUCAUUAGUCGAAACAAGAGAUGCCGUGGCCAUGAGCAUUUUGUCUAAACGAUGGAAGUCUCUUUGGACAUUGGUGCCAAGACUUAUCUUUGGUGAUUACCCAGAGGAGAGGGAAGAUGAGGAUGAGACUCCAAAGACUAAUGAGAAUCAUUGCAUAAAUUUGUCACAGUUUGUUUAUGGGACUUUGUUAUUGCAUAAGGCGCCUGUUCUAGAAUGUUUUCAUCUCAACCGUGCUUCGGGAUGUAGCGCUUCCGAGAUUGAUUUAUGGGUUAGAAUUGCAGUUGAUCGUUUCGUGCGUGAUCUGACGAUAGGUUUUUGUUAUGAAUAUGGGCUUAUAAGGUUGCCGAGUAGGCUAUUUAGAUGUGAAACACUCGAGACUUUGGAACUCAAAAAGGUGAUUUUUUUGGAAGUUCCUUCUCAGAUUAGCUUUCAAUCCCUCAAGACGUUGCGCCUUUUGUUUGUGAAGUAUGCAGAUGAAGAAUCUUUCGUUAGGCUUGUAUCAAAUUCCCCUGUUCUUGAAGAUUUGGUUGUAGAAACUUGUCACGAUGACAGUGUGGCGACUUUUACUAUUAAUGUGCCUUCCCUUGAGAGUUUUUCCAUUAGGAAUACAUUGCAAGACUUGGAAACUGAGAAUGAUUUGUUUGUGGUACAUUACCAUUGUUUGAAGCAGUUCACCAUUGUGGACUACUUUGGUCAACUUAACUUGAUAGGUAAUAUGCCUAAACUUGUUGAGGCAAAUCUCUUAUCUGUGUCCUGCCAAGCCAAGGUUCUACAGUCUUUUACCCGUGUCAAACGUCUUUCUCUAUGCUUACCUAUAGAGUAUCCUUAUCCUACUGGCACCGUUUUAUCUCAGCUUGUGAGUUUGGAGCUAUGUUUAUGUGAAAGUGACUGGACGAAUAUCCUUACGAGUGCGCUCCAACAUUCCCCUAAACUACAAGUUCUCAAGCUUGCGAUGAACCAUUUGAUGUGCGAGGAUCAUAAGGUUUGUUGGAUUCAGCCGAAUAGUGUUCCCGAAUGUUUGUUGUACCAUCUCAAAACCUUAGAGUGGAGGGACUAUGCAGGAACAGAAGUAGAGAAAGAAGUGGCGGUUUAUAUUUUGAAGAACGCGAGGAGACUAGAGACUGCAACUAUUUACCCUGACUCGGAUAAGUUGGUGCAGAAACAUCAGAUGUUUGAAGAAUUGGAAAUUGCUUCAAGGAAAUCAAGAGCAUGUGAGCUUACAAUGUGGUUAUCUCUUUACCAAAGAUUUAAAAGCUGUUAGACUUUGGAUUUUUAUCAGAAGCUUCUUAUAUAGUUGCUCUGUAUCUUGGACACUUAUUGGCUUUUGUCUGGAUUAUUGAUCAUGGUUCAAAAGUUCAAACAGAGCCUUUUAUUGUUCUGCCAAUAUAUUCAAAUUUGUCA